CAGUCAGUCAGCCAGAGAUACAUAGUCCAACAUAACACUAGUCCAACCGCAGCGCGCACCGAUAGAUAGUUUAUACACUUCGUAUCCCAGCGAAUCACUUAUUUCAUUUUAGUUUCGUGGUUGUCCGCCGCUGGUGCGGUGGUUUUUAUUUUUUUUUAAAUUUGGUUUUAUUUUCGUUCGUUAUUUUGGGUUUUAUCUUUCCAAUUUUAACUUAACUUUUUUUUUAACAAAAUCUCUAAUUUGAAUAAAAAAAAAUCUCAAACUAAAAAACCACCCUGUUGUGUGCUAUAUAAGAAUAUCGAAUAGAAAAAUAAAAAAUUAACAAAAAUCUUCCCUCGAGAAUUAUAAAAGAUACUUUUCGUAUCUUAAAAAUGCAUUAAUCAUCAAAGUGAAAAGUGGAGAGGUUUUAUUAUACACACACACACGUACAUAAUGAAGAAUAAUAUCACUUUUUAUUUGUAAAACAAGCAAUAAAUAAAUAUUUAAAAAAAAAAGCAAAAGUGGACAAGUGAAACACAAGAAAAAAAAAAAACCCCCAAAGCAAAUCAUCAAACAACCCCUUGAGGGACCUUGAUCUCAGAUACAAAAAAACUUUCGGACCUAUUCUUUUUUUUUGUUAAAAAAAUUGAAAGAAAAUUAAAAAUUUUUUUUUUAAUAAGAACCUUAAGGAUUACACUCCCUCCAUUCUAAUUAUAACCUACGACUACUAUCCCACUUGGAACUAAUCAACGAGCAGAUAGAAAAACAAAAAUACAACAUAACGGAUUACACUCAACAAAAAUGCAUUUGAAUCUAACAGAAACAAUAAAAAAAAAACUAUUAAUUUAAAGUAGUUUUGUAACGUGAAAGCAAUAAGUUUAAAAUAUAAACAUUUUUACAACAAACAAAAGAACUAUUAUAUUUUUACAAUAAGUGAAAAUUUAGUUGAAAAUUAAAAAAAAAAAAAAUUAAAAACAUUAAACAAAAAGUUCAAGGCAAUUCAAAAUGGCAUCCCAAAGAUUCUGCUUAAGAUGGAAUAACCAUCAAAGCAACCUUCUAUCAGUUUUCGAUCAACUGUUACACGCUGAAACCUUCACCGAUGUCACGCUGGCCGUGGAAGGACAAUACCUGAAAGCUCAUAAGAUGGUCUUAUCAGCUUGUAGUCCAUAUUUUAAUGCACUCUUUGUCAAUCAUCCAGAAAAACAUCCUAUUGUUAUAUUAAAAGAUGUUCCCUACUCAGAUAUGAAAAGUUUACUUGACUUUAUGUAUCGCGGUGAAGUAUCAGUUGAUCAGGAACGUCUAACAGCGUUUUUACGCGUUGCCGAGAGUCUUCGAAUUAAAGGUCUGACAGAAGUUAAUGAUGAUAAGCCGGGUGGGGCGGCGCCAACACCGCCACCACCACAAUUGCAUCGAAUUCAACCAUAUUUGGUGCAACAGAGGAAUAAAGCACAGAAUAUGUUAAACAUAAAUGACAAUCAGCAAUCAUUACUGGGUACUGCGUUAUCAUCAAUGCCAAAGAGAAAACGCGGCCGGCCUCGAAAAUUAUCGGGCAGCUCGAAUGGCACUGGGAAUGAUUUUGAUGAAUACGAUAGGGAUGGUAUGAUGCAUGAUUCACCAAAACAUGAAGUCAAAAUGUCUGGUGAUGGUUAUUCAGGCAAUGAAGGCUCCGACGAAAAUCAACGUGAAUCCUGCGAUAAUGAUCAGGAUGCAAACGACUGCACAGAUUCCCGAGAUGGUAGAACAAAAAAAUCACGUAAAUCACAGUCCAAAGACAGAAUAAAUAAUGACAAUGAUAAUAGUACUUCCGUUCACCUCAAUAACUCUCCCGAGUUGUCACAAAGACUGUUUGGUGUUAACAAACCACCACCACCACCGACCCCCAUGGCACCAACAUCAUCUGCCUCAUCAUCAUUAUUACCAGUAACUUCUACAGCACAAACUAUUCAAACAACAGCAGCCACUCAUACACCAACUCAACAAGUCUCAAACUCAACUCAAAUUAUACAAAUAUCAUCAGCAACAGCAGCUAAUAAUCAGCAUAAACAAACUGCACUCGGCUCAGCACUAACUCAAGUUCCAGAAAUACUCGAUCCUGCCACUCAUUUGCCAACAGCACUAGGACUUAAAAUUCGUGUCCAUCCAGUUGCUCAACAACAACAACAACAACAACAGCAAUCUAAUCAACAACAACUUAAUAGUAACAAAUCAGUUUCAUCAAUGCUUCAACAGCAAUUGCGUAAUGAUUCUCUCUCGAACAACAACAACAAUAACAAAAAUAUUAACUCAUGUCAAACUGUCGAGAAGAAAAGCAAUAAUCAAGCAUCUGAAAGGCGACAAUCAUCUAACGAUUCCAACACCAUUCAGCCACCUUCAUCCAAUAAUCUCCACCAUCAAUUCCUGCUACAUAUGGCCACUAAUCCAAUUGUUAAAACCGAAUACUUGAUCAACAACGAGAUAAACAACGAUGAGAAUGUGAUGCCAAUAGAGGUAUCAUCAUCACCAAACUCAAAUUCUAAUGCUCAAAACGAUAAGUCUGAAACUGAAGGUGCUACACCAACGAUAAUUGAUCUUGUCCCCUCGCCUACAAAUGCUAAUGAGCCUGAUGCACAUCAGCAUCAGCUUGAGGAAUCACCUCCAGUGACGCCACGAAAUCCGCGUCCCGUUCAACGACGACGAAUUCGCCGUAAAGCACAAUCCUCAAUCGACGACCAAGCCGAACAUCUAACAGAAAUGUCUGUUAGAGGUUUGGAUCUGUUUCGGUAUGCAAGCAUUACCGAAGGUGUUUACCAGUGUACUGAAUGUGCCAAGGAAAAUGUGCAAAAGACCUUUAAAAACAAAUACAGUUUCCAGAGGCAUGCUUUCCUCUAUCAUGAAGGCAAACAUCGAAAAGUCUUUCCAUGUCCUGUUUGUGGCAAAGAAUUCUCUCGUCCGGACAAAAUGAAAAAUCACAUGAAAAUGACCCACGAAGGUUUUGUACCAAAAGAUGUUGGCUAUCAUCCACUUAAUUAUUUAAUUACUGCUGCUGCAGCUGGAGAAAUUCAACAUUUAUUCCAUCAAAUUGAUCAGAAUAAUCCUGAAAUUAAUUCAGGAGAAUCGACAACACCAGUUCAACAUCCUCCAACACAGCAGUCUUUGAUUAAAAUGAAAAACGAAAUUCAUACUAUUCAUGAAGCAUCGCCGUCACCACCUCCUCCUCCUCAUAUGGGUUCCCACGAGGCAAAUAUUAUUGCCGCCCAAGAAGAAGUCAAAGAUAGAACAAAAUCAACUCUACAAAUAGCCUCAAAAAUGUAUCAGCAACAAAAUGCAAAUGGACUUCCAGUGAAAAUAGUUUAAAUAUGAGUACAUAAAUUAUGUGUAUAUUUAUGCAAAGUGACAAGUCAGUUUGAAUUAACUUACUAUUUUAUGCUAUUAUAUUAAUAUUAAUCUAUAAAUAUAUUUUGAGAUUUGUACGAUAAUUGAAAAAAAAAGUAUGAGUUGGCGUAAAAACUAAUUAGAAACAAAAUCGUUUAUUCUUUAAGAUCGCAAAAAAAAAACACUUAAC